GAUAAGAUUCCUUGAUAAUUUAAUCAAAAAUAUAUUUUAUUCUCACAAAGAAAUCCAGAAAAAAUAUACUCCUGCAAAAAUGUUUUGGCAAAAAUACUUGUUGGGAUUUACAACCAUUUCCUGUUAAUCCAGAGCAACACAGAACGCAGAUUUAGAAAAUUCACAAAUGCACCUGUGCUCCCUUCGCGUACAGGUUCAUGCACUCUAUGCGUUUGUAAUAAUGUGAAGGAGGACUAAAAGCAAGAGAAACCCCGGAACCACGAGUUGGGUCUGUCAGAUAUCGCCACCUUUCCUUCGUUUCUAAUCUGGGUUUUGAUCCAAAAACACUGGGAUUGUACAAAAAUGGAGAAAGGGAAAUACUCGGAAGAGUUGAAUGUGGCGGUGCGGGUGGUCCACAUGGCUUGUUCAAUGUGCGAAAAGGUGCAGAGACAAUUGCUUUCGACGAACCCUGAUCAGGUUAAGUCCAAGGAUGAUGAUUCCCUUGUUACUGUUGCAGACUGGAGUGUGCAAGCAACGGUAAGCUGGAUGCUCUGCAAAGCUUUUGACAGCCAAAAGAUUUCCAUUGUUGCUGAAGAAGAUAUCCAAACUUUGUCGAAGUCUGAGUCAAAAUCUCUAUUAGCAAUGGUUGUUAGUGCUGUAAAUGCAUGCUUGGCUGAGGCACCUAGAUUUGGUCUCCAAGGCCCUGAAAAAACACUAGAUGCUUCUCAAAUUCUUGAGGCAAUCAGCAAAUGUAGCUCAACUGGGGGGCGUUUAGGUAGGCAUUGGGUCCUUGAUCCUGUUGACGGAACGCUAGGUUUCGUGCGUGGCGACCAGUAUGCUGUUGCUCUUGCAAUGAUUGACGAUGGAGAAGUCGUAAUUGGAGUACUUGGGUGUCCUAAUUACCCAGUGAAGGAUGAUGGCCUAAACAAGUAUAGUCAACAAAAUGUUGUUAUGUCGAGAAUCUCAUCAGGGGAAGUAGGAUGUGUGAUGUACACAAGCAAAGGCAGCAGAAAAGCUUGGAUGCAACCUUUAAUUCGUUCUGAUAAGCGGUUUGAGUGGCCAAAUUCUGCAAAACUUAUACAGGUUUCUUCCAUUGAUGAUCCAGCACUGGCAACAUUGUGUGAACCAGUGGAAAAAUCUAAUUCAGACCAUUCCUUUGCUGCUGGAGUUGCUAAUACUGUUGGGCUAAGAAAGAAACCCCUGCGUGUAUAUAGCAUGGUCAAAUAUGCUGCCAUAGCUCGGGGAGAAGCUGAAAUCUACAUGAGAUUUGCAAGGUCUGGCUAUAAGGAGAAAAUAUGGGAUCAUGCAGCUGGAGUUCUCCUUGUGCAAGAGGCUGGUGGCAUGGUCACUGAUGCAGGAGGCCGCCCACUGGACUUUUCCAAAGGAAUAUACCUCGAAGGUCUUGAUAGGGGCAUAAUCGCUUGUUCUGGCUUUAAGUUGCACCAGAAAAUAAUUGCUGCUGUUUAUGCUAGCUGGGAAUCAUCAAACUUGUGAAAUUCUCUCAUUUGCCAAGAAACGAAACAUGAUGUUGGAAUGCUAUACUGGUAGUUGCUGCAAGGAGAAGAAGUUCUUAUCGGUGGAGUAGAGUUCUUCUUCACUUAUUUGGAUCUCUGAAGCACUCAAUAUUUCCCCAGUGCAAGAGAUGGGUUACUCCACGUUUGCCUCUCCUCUGACUUAAAUUGAUCUCUUACGUUCUACUAAAGAGGAAUCUUCAAACAUGGAGUAGCUUAUACUUUUAGUAACAUAGGGCCUUUUUCCCCAGGAGUGUAAACUUCGGCUGGCCUGUCUGCAUGUGGUAGUCGUCAUUAACAUACUGAGAGCAUAAUAUAGCAUACGAGCCAUUUCGACUAUUCGUGUAUAGUUAAUUACUCGCCAUAUGGAUUUCUUCCCUAUGUAAACCUUCACUAGGUUGCAAGUGAAGGAACAGUCUCUUCAUAUGGGUUAAGAUUGAGUUAGGUUGUUUUUAAGGAUCAGAACACAUGUUCAUUCACAUGCUUGUGAACUGUGCGGUAGACGGUUACCCGUUGGUUUUCUCAUAGUGUUCAAGAAUGUGCAUGGUUGCUAUGUCAUAGAAUUAAACAAUAACAGUCCCUAUGGUUUUUCUAA